AUGUUGGGCAGUCCGAAAGCAACAUCGUCACCGUCGUCGGGAACCGGAAGGAGACGCACUCCAGCGCUACCAAACACAACGGACGGCAUGUUUCAUCCGUCUCUGGAAAUCGAUUUGGACAACGUCACCUACUCCGUGAACGACCCCACACUGCCGUGGCGCAUCCUGGAGUACUUCUCGAGCCUGCAGAUCGAGGUCUCCUACGUGGCGAACAUCGAAAAACGGAAGCUGUACUCGGAGUACCUGUUCAAGAAGAUGAACGUCUACCUCUACUCCGUCGGAGGUACCGGAACCACCGUCAAACUCAAGUCGCCGGGAGCGCUGUCCCCACAGUUCUUCGUGGACAUGGUGAAUCACCUGUCCACCUUCCUCGUCCUCAUGAUGACCGCCAUGCUCUUCUGGUACGUGGGAUACCUCGGGUACUGGUGCUUUAGGAGCCAAUCAGAACUGGCGAGGACGUCUUGGAGCGACGUCGUCGUCGAAUCUUCGCCCCGUCCACGGAGGUCGGCAAGGUUACGGGAGAUUGGACGGUUGGGCACAUAG